AUGAAGGAGAAACUGGCAGAAACAAUGACACCCGUUUCAUCCAGGGCGACGUCCUUUCUCAUCGACAACCUAUUGGGCAAGAGACGGAGCGGACGGGAAUCACAGUCCGGCGAAGACCUCAGAGAAGUUAGGGCGGAGACGCUGAGCUCCCACCGAACUCAGAAAGCACAAGCGCCGGUGCAUCUUCACGGAUGGAGCUCCAGGUCUGGAGCUGCACACAGAGAGUCGGAGCUGCAGAGGUGUCACCGGGGGAGAGCACCGAGUUCCAGAACCCACGGUCUAAGGGACACCAGGUUCUGUUCCGUUAUGACCAGUGACACAGGUUCAGCUACUGAGUCCGAGCCGAACACGGAAAGUAGCGACAAGAGUGACCGGAAACCGGGUGACCACCACCUGCCACCUGACGACAGCGGGGACGCGCAGCACGCUUUUGAUUCGCAGUCCUCUGACGUCAGCUCCAGUCGCAAAAAGAAGACGAGGACUGUGUUCAGCCGUAGCCAGGUGUUCCAGCUGGAGUCCACCUUUGACGUGAAGCGGUACCUGAGCAGCUCGGAGAGAGCCGGACUGGCCGCGUCUCUGCAUCUGACGGAGACUCAGGUCAAAAUCUGGUUCCAGAACCGCAGGAAUAAGUGGAAGAGGCAGCUGGCGGCCGACCUGGAGGCUGUCCAUAUACAGAACUCGACCCAGAGGUUUAUCAGGGUUCCUGUCCUGUACCACGACGGAGCAGCACCAAGUCAUGCUCAGGCUUUAGGCCUGAGUGGACACCGAGUGGCUCCACUGACGACCAGGUCUACAGACAACACACUGUCUUCGUUCGCUCACUCCAUGAGUUUGUUAAGAUCGCAGAUGACCGGUUUGGUGUGAGGACCGAUCAGAACUGUUUUAUGAUUUAUCACAGGAUUCUACAACGGCUCUUCAUGCACAUGACACGUUUUUACGAAUUUUAUACUGAAAGUCACUUUUUUCCACUUUGUCACUUUUUCACAAGAUAAAUAAAAUUGUUUAUCAAAAGUGUCUUCCUGAUGUUUUUAUAAUCCACGAAUCCAUCAUCGAUUUGUAGGUACUGUAUCAGAUUAAGACAGACGAGCUCUGUGCAUCUUGAACUCGUUGACUUUUUCUCCUUGACCAACGUUUUUAGAAACAUUUCUAUAUGGAAAGAGGAUUUUAUGUAAUAUAUAAAAAAUAUAACCCCGGUUUACAGUUAGAGGUUUGGGCUUAACAACUCAAAAUUAAUCGAACUUUUUUCCCCAAAUAAUUAGCUCUCAAAAAAUUAAAAACCAUGUCAUGUUAAGUCAAAUCAGCACUAUUCCAUAUUCAAUAUUUAGUUAUUUACCAAACGUAGUUUACAAAAUCUUAAAACCAUGAUUAGAA